GACUAAUCGGCGAUUAGAGCAUAACAGAUCCGUCCUUAUCUUCCUCUCAAUCUCGCCGAAGAAAUGGUGAAAGAUCUCGAAAUGAACGAAGCUCGGAGAAGAAAGCAAGCGGACAAGAAAUGCUAAUACAAAUCGAGCACGUCUAGCCGGCACAAGGAAACAAGAGAUUAGCUCACGCUCGUGCGAAGAAGGCGGAUCGCUCGCAACCGCGGGGGACCAGGAGAAGAGAGAGAGAGAGCAAGGAAAGGGAGGAAGAAGGGGGAAAUCUUUGCGGGUAAUUAUUAUAAUAGCAAUUACCAGGAAGGAAUUAUUAAUAGCGUUGGUUUGGUACAGUUGUGGAUGCAACCCCCAACCCUAAUUUCUCUCACCAUUGACUCGGCUGUCCUCCACAUCGCCCACAUCACGGAUCUCUCGGCGGUUCCCGAUCCCAUCCUCGUCGAGCUCUUCCUGAAAACCUUGCGUGCAGGAAAGCUGACAGAGAAGAUUCUGAAGUUAUUCACGGCAACUGGCAACGAGGAAAUCCUUCGCUUUGUACAGUCCCUUAACAUCAAGCAGGUCCUUACCCCAGUUCUUCCUACCAGGUGCUCUGAAAAAUUUUAGAGGUGCAGUUCAAAUCAGUUCCUUUAGUUGAAGACUGUCUUUUUUAAGUUGAGCUUUUGGGUUCCAGCAAGAUGUCUUUGAACAUUGAAGACAAUGAGGUUGAUAUUGUGAUUGCGGCACUCCGAUCUGACCUCACUGCUUUCAUGGAGAAAUGGCGACCAUUUUUUUCCCGCUUCCACCUCAUAAUCAUCAAAGAUCCUGACGUGGAAGAGGACCUGCAAAUACCCCCAGGCUUUGAUCAUCAGGUGUUCACAAAAUCUGAUAUGGCUCAGAUUCUGGGUGCCACUUCCAUCAACUUUACUGGUCAUUCAUGCCGGUACUUUGGUUAUCUUGUCUCACACAAAAAAUAUAUUAUUUCCAUUGAUGAUGACUGUCUUCCUGCGAGGGACAAUGCUGGCACCUUAGUUGAUGCCGUAGCACAGCACAUAGUGAAUC